AUGUCCUUCCCAGUCCACACUCGAAAGACGAGCAGAAGAACUUUUCCAUUGGAAUCUCUUCUAAUGCCACAAGUGCCACGUAGCAAUUACUUGCAUUUUCAGGAAGAGAAGCAAAGACUACAGCUGAAAAAAUUCCUUCUCCAUAGGAUGUUUCUAGUGGCCAAGAUAACAGCAGACACAGAAAAAAAACAUAUUGCUGAAUACUAUGAACAAGUGUUUCAGUCAAUUUUGAAACAUCACCUAGGAGAAGCAGUGACAGGAUUAUUGCUCCUAUAUCCCACUUCCAUUUUGCAUAUCCUUGAGUCCUGCAAUGGUACUCUUUACCAAAUUCUCUUAGAUUAUCUUAACCGUGAAAAGAAUGAAACAGAAUUUUUUAUCCAAGGAAUGAAAAUUAUAGUCGUGUCCCAUAACAUCCCAACAAGGCUCUUCAUGCAAUGGCAUGUUUCAGUAAUAAAAGUGCCAGUAAUGUAUCUCGAUGACGUGACACAGUCACAGUCCCUAGAAGAGGUCAUCACAGAGUUUCUCACCCAAACUCAUAAACUGGCACUCCAUCUUUUUAAGACUGUUAAAGUGGGCACCAAAGGACCAGGCGAUAACUUGCACCAGGCUGUACCGGAAUUACUCCUCCCAGAACAAAUAAUAAAGUACUUAUGCAAAUCUGAAGAAUUCAUGGACACAGAGACUUUCAUAAACAUGUAUAAUAAACCCAUACAUAUCACUUCAGAUUCUGAGGUGGUAUGGCCCGCUCCCUCCCGUUUCUAG